AUGAUCGUAGCUCAGUUUGAUUCCACCUCCUUCAGUUGUCCUACUUGUGGAAUGAUUUUUGACGAACCCCAUUGGAAUUGUGAGCCUCUCCCAUGUCCUUUCCAACAGCAAACCUCUUUACAUUGUGCUAUUGUUGUAAAGCCGACGCGAGGGUCAUUUCUUGAGUACAAAUCAGGAGAGGACUUACAUAUUGGUAUAUCGGACUCAAGAUCUGCUGUGCAUUCUUUCUGGGUUAAUGGUAUUUCCUCAGAGGAUACCAACUGGGAUGAAUCAGUGGUUAUUUGCCAAUUCAGCAAUGACGGAAACAAAUUCGAUCGCUCCCUAUCUUCUUUUGUUGGGUGCUGUUCUGGAAAAUUUGUUGCUCAGCUCUACGACGACAGAACAUGGAAUUGUUUCGACUUCGUCAUCGAGUUUAUGCGUUUCACUGAUUUUCAAAAUCUAACAAAGGAAGAGUUUGUCUCAGCAUUUGCACCUCCGCUGAUGCGGGGCUCACACCUGAUGGGCCAAAACGAAGAAUUCGUUGGAAACGAGUUAUUUGAAUGGGAAGAAGUUUUGACUCGAUUCCUUCUACAUUUUAAUUUCUUUUGGUUGUGA